AUGCUCUCUGGAGCCAAGGACAUGAGCUUCACAGACGUUCAUGGAGAAAUCAACGAAAAUGUUGGACAACAUUUGGUUGAUCACUCCAUGAAUGAAGUUUACCGGAGAUACCAUCUCCGAAACACCCGGUGGCGAGGCUUACUCAUGAUUUUAGCCUUUUUCUCCUCCAUCUGUUUCAUCGCAUCGCAAUUCUACGACAUCGACACACCUCUUUCUCCUUUAAUUUCUGCAUCAGCAAUGAACAGUGGACCAGGACUCUUCUCUCAUUUCGGCAAGAAAACAAAAGAUCUGCUGAUGAGAGACUACCAGUCGGAUCAGAAAAUUUCCGUUUCAACGACCAGUGUCACCGGAGUGACACUUACAUCAUCUGCAACAAAUAAAGGCGGUGAGUCCACCGGAGAUGUCGGAGCAAUGUACAAACACAAGAACACGCUAAUUAAUGUCAAAUUCGACGCACAAUCAAAUAUUACAAUGACUUUAACUUUAAAGGAUAUUGCGCCCUCAACGAAUACCACUGCUUCUUUAAAACUGAAUAACUUCAAAUCCAGCAAGAUUGCUACUACAUUAACUUCCACAUAUAUUUUUUUCCCUUCAACAAAGGCAAUUGCUUCAUUAGAACUGCCUGAUUUUAGAUCUGGAAAGCUUGAAGUUCACUACUUUCAUCACCAUGCUACUUUAACAUCAACAGUUGCCUUGAAUCACUCUCCAACCAUUAACAUUUCAGCAACAAUCGGGACUCCAAUUUUUGCCAUGGGUGCAAAGGUAGGCUAUGAGACACCUUCAAGUAAGUUCACAAACUUCACUGUUGGCAUCAGUGUUAACGUACCAGAUUCUACUGCUUCCAUAUUCCUGGGUGACAAAGGGGACACGAUUAGAGCAUCCUGUAUACACCAUUUUGAUCGAUUUAAAAAGACUGCUGUUGCAGGGGAGUUUAGCAGAAGGUUAAAGACAAAUAAAACCAGAUUCACAAUUGGAGGGUGUUAUGCAGUUGAUGGUCAAACAAUGGUCAAGGCCAAGUUGACCAAUCAUGGAAAGCUAAGUGUCCUUUUGAAGCAUGAGAUUUUUCCCAAAUCAUUCGUCACAUUAUCCAGUGAGCUUGAUACCCAAGCCUUGCACAAAAUUCCCAGCGGUGAACAUUCGGACCUGUGGAUCGGACUAGAUCGGCACCCGGACCUGGACUAG